AUGAAGAGAUAUGAUGAUGAUGAUGACAAUGGUGGUGAACAGAAUGAUACUUACCAGGCCAUAUCGAAGGGAGGAAUCUCGAGUUUCGCCUUCCGUACUCACACCUCGCAGGCGCAAGCAGCUUCCAACGAUUGGGACACUGGAUUUGCAGGUGAUCUCGCCUCGGAAAUCACCGGGUUGGUACUUCGCCAGGCUGAAUUAACGGAUGGACGAUCAGAGAGCGUAACAACACGACUGAGAGUAUUUGUGCUUUACAUCCUGAACGGUUAA